CCUUAGUAACUAUGAUAGACGAGACACGGGACUGAUUCGUUAUCUGUGACAAAGUUGAAUUGAGUGUUUAUUGAUUGAUUCUUGGAGUGGAUCGUCGCGUGAUUGCGAACGCUUGAUUAGAGACGAUCUACUACGAUAGACUACGAUAAAUUGCAAUUGCUUCAGGAGGUCGUCACGUCUGCUUAGAACUGCUUUUCGCGCUUUGAAAUCGCGCCCAUCGAUGAUCAGAGUAGGCGGAGCUGUAAAUCAGUCAAAGGAAAGAGGAAAUGAGUCACUGGGAGCGUGAUGUAAACGCUACGUUUGUACGUAUCGGAUAGUUUUCGCUAGGAUCGCGAUGACGUUUUCAUCGGAUGCAUUUCACGAGUUCCCACGUGUUUCGAGCCGCGUUCCUCGGUGGAACCAAUUUCUCCCGUUACACGUGUUAAUGCGCGCGCGUUCCUUUAUGAGUUUAACUCGUUCAAGUACUCCAAAACUGUGCGUGAUCUCGUUAGGUCGAAUCGCUCCGCAAUCAGCGACCUUGAAAAUGAGAGUGAGAGCGUCUCACGGCGUGCUUUCGAUUAAAACCUGCAACUUAUGUUAAUACCGGAGUCCUGAUGAUUCGUGUUCAUACGAUUUGAAUCAAUGUAACUCAUGUACCGGUAAAGUAAGUCUGUAUCUAUCUGUAGCGUAACGAUCACGCGGUUGUCAGGGACUCCGAAGGGAAGAAUGGUACUUGCGACCAAGGAACAAUGAAGUUCGUUGAUAACGUUAUUAGGAUUGUUCAUUGAUUCUAUUCUACGAUUGUUCGCAGGCAUUUCUUGAAUAAUUACGAUGGCGCCAAACGUCGACGCGACGGCUUUACGAUUGCAGACUAGCUAGCGAAUCGUUGCGCAAUCGCGCGAACUUCUGGACGUUCUUUAUCCAAGGCAGUCCCCUUCGUUUUCGUCGGGAUCGUUUCCUGGAUCGCAUUGUAAUCUGGAAACGCGGUGCGAAACGAUCAAUACUUCUCCUUAGUAGUAUUUGCGUAGCACCCGAUCGAUUCGUUCUUGGCUGGGCCGUUGCAUCUUCUGCGAUUUCACGUGACGUUACGCGCUACCGGCUGCUGCGUAAUCAUCGGGCACGAGUCAGUCGUUUCAGAGGAUAUUACAUACGUCCAAAGUCGUAACGGUGUAAUCGUUCAGGUAAUCGAAACACAGCUGUGACGACCUGAUUCAUGCAACUGCAGCUGCGAAUCGGUGUUCACCAGAGUCUGUAUUCGUCUUCUCUUUAGAUUCCGUCUGUCGAUUUUGAAGAGAAAGCUCGAUUCGCGAUCUCGUAGACGAUGAGAGCGAUAUUUGCUCGAUGAGUUCCCACUUCUGCAUUUCAUCGUCGAUUAUUCAUGAGAGGAGUCGCGAAUAAACAUUCGCUCGUCUCAUCGCAAAGCAAAUUACUUCGCUGGACUGAUCGAGAUUUUUUUAAUUGGCUCUUCUGGAAAUCGUCUGUGGCGAAUUUUAGAAUUUCCCGUUGUUACCUUUCUCGAUUCCAUGGAAUUUUCUUUGUAAGAGACUCACGAGUCAACCGGGGAAAUAAAUUAAACUGGAAAACUAUAGUCGUGGUCCUCUGUUCUGAAAACCGCGUGGGUAAAUCUGAAAUCGUCAGAGUUAAAAUUGAACGCUUUCAUCGGUAUUUGGUAUGUAAACGUUCCACGAGCGAACUGGAGAAAUGACGUAUAAAACGGUUCGUGGAAAUUAACGCUAACGUUCCACGAUUUGCUAUAUCGUUUCAUCGUAGAUGUAUCAUAACGGCUUUAUCGUUUCACGGUGUACGUGGCACGAUAAGCCCGAUACGCGGAUUAUCGCCGCACGACUGUUAGUCUCUCAUGGUCUACAAAAACCUGUUGUGGGUUCUUUGCUGCCGAUUGAAUAACGAGUAAUGUGGAAUAAAUUGGUGUGUCUCGCCGGGCCCGGGCCUCGAUCGGGCUCUAUCGAAUCGUUCAACGAACGGUCCACGUGCUCCUCUAAUUGCUUCGAAGGAUGACGGCCGGGUUUGCAGAUCGUACGUAUCAGUUCGGCGUGUUCUGAUCCCAUGGACGGUGAGAGAGCGACGGCGGUCGAAAUCAUGGGGUUGCAAGUCGGGAACGAGAGAGUUCGAUCGAACGGUUCUUCGAUUAGCGACGCUCGGUUAGGCAUAGAGCUCGACACAAGGAUGGUAUUGGACCCCAAGGUCACGAGCCUGCACAGUGAUUACGGAAGCUUCGAUCGACCAUUGGGCGCUGGGGAGGGCCACGAGAGGGACGUCGAGGCUGCGGUUGAUGGAAGUAGCAACGGGAUGGCACAGUCGAGCGACGUUUACCAAAGGCAACCGUUAUUACCUGGUGCGCCUACCAAGGGCAAGGACAAAUGGUCCGGAGUGGCGUCCGGUUCGGACUACUACGUGGACGAUGAAGACGAGAAGAUCGAUGGUCUCGGGCGGCAUCCUGGAAUACCAAAUGGGUCCGGGAACGGCGUCGUCAAGCUCGACAUACCGGCGCCACUUCGGGAGGAACCUCGUUUCCCUAAGGAAAAGUGGAAAACCUUUCUUGCAUUUUUAUUCAUGGUCGUGAACUUCAUAUUGACCACAGCGUCCCUCGCAAUGGUGCACGAACGAGUUCCCGAUCGAAAUACGUACGGACCGCUGCCGGAUGUAGUGCUGGACAACGUCGUCGCCCAGGACUGGGCCCUUACCGUGUCGGAAGUUCUGAUUAUGAUAAUGUCCAACUCAGCGAUGGUUUUUAUUAUUUUUCAUAAGCAUAGAUUUAUCGUUGUUAGGCGAAUAUUUCUUCUGAUGGGGCUGCUCUACAUGAUGCGCAGCAUCACGAUGUACGCGACGGUACUACCGGUUGCCAGCAAGACCUACUACUGCAGCCCGAAGGCGAACAACACGAGUCCGCUCCUCGUUAUGAAGAGGGUCCUGCAACUCAUCUCUGGCUUCGGCUUGUCCAUAAACGGCAAGCAUACUUAUUGCGGGGAUUACAUUUACAGCGGUCACACGGUUGUGCUUGUACUUAGUUACCUGAUUAUUGAGGAGUAUUCUCCGAGAAGAUGUAAACCGAUUCAUUGGCUGGCGGGUAUUACUGUUCUUGUUGGGGUAAUUAUGGUCUUGGUAGCUCACGGUCAUUAUACCGUGGACGUCCUCAUAGCAUACUACGUAACUACACGCUUAUGGUAUAUUUAUCAUACGUUAGCUAAUAAUUCGCAUCUUAAGCAAUACGAGCCAAACAACUUCUUGGCUCGACUCUGGUGGUUUCCUAUGUUUAAAUAUUUCGAGAAAAACGUGGGCGGCACGGUACCACGACAAUACGACUGGCCUCUACCUUGGCCUCGACGAUUCCUUGCCAAGCACCCUAACCGGGACAGUUAAUGUCCGUCUUUAAUUUCUCGAUAAGAGGCUGUCAAACAACGGAGUUACUUUGUUAUAAUUUGUAUAUAUAUAUAUAUAUAAAACAUAUAUGUAUACGUACUUAGGCUUACAAAAAAAAAAAACAGAAAGAAGCAUGUGGAGGCCAAGCUUUAUUAGAAAGCGGUACGGGAGACGUGUGCGUAUGUACAAACUUUUGUCAAAUGUUCGCGAGUCGCUUUCGAUCCCGAGACUUGGCGAGAGUUUGCCGUGUUCACUUCCUUAAGAAAAUGAAAAGCAAAAAGCUGUCGACGGGGGAAAAGAAAAAUGAAAAAUGAAAUGACUACAUAUAGAAACAAGAACGAUAGUGAAGACAGAUGCUUGUACCGUCAUGUUCGUUAUCGUCCAAUUGCGAAACCUAUUUUUUCUUGAUUUUGAUACGACUUAUACAUACGAUGUAAGGGAAUAGACAAAACGGUAGCUCGAGAUGUUUAGUCUCACGACGAAUUCACUUAGCGGGAGGUAUCCGAGAGUUACCAACAAAUUAGUGUAUAAAAUAAUAAAAUGCUAGAUAUCUCUAUUUUCAGAUACUCCGAAUGUGAACUUAGAUUAUUAUUAAAACGAAACGCAAUUCGAUCGAGCGCGGUAACACGAAACAUUAACGAUUGAUAAGCGGAUUAUUUUACAAUCUUUCUCGUUUGAACAACGACAGGGAAGUGGUUGGGGAAUUGAUCGACUAAAAUCGAAAGACAGAUCAUAUGUUCGCUUGCUGCGAGAGACCCUCCUUUGGCUAAUCUCGAAACGCGUUCCGAUCUUGCAACUUCCAAUAAAAUCAAGAUGAUGUCGUACUUUGUACCAGUCACAUUAACGGCAUGCCUUAUUCCGACGAAAGUCAACCGAACCGCGGUCAGGAGACACUUGGAUGUCGGUCAAUUGUAUCGUUCGUUUCCCUUUUCCGUAGUUUCUUCGUGUCUGCUUUUCCUCGAAAUUGAAUUCUUUCUCUCAAAAGUCGGGAAUCUUGUACCAGAGGAAUUUGGUCCAUAAUUUUUUAUAUUCAAUCGAUGAUCGUGCAAUUUCGUGGGACCAAGUACAGUCUGGAGAGCGCAGUCUACUGUUCAGGUAGCGAUCGAGCGUAGCGAUUAUUCUUCUGUGACGAGGAGUUAAAAACAAUUGGUCUAUUUUUCUAAGUGAUCAGUUUUUGGUAUCGCGUUCACGUGUUGCAUCGUGUCGCGACGUAUUAUCGACGAAGUUGAUUAUAUAAAGUUCGCGCGAUCAGACCCACGGAUUAGAUUCUUCGGAAUAAGGUCGUCUUUACAUUCUACACACACCAGAUGUUGUCAGUCAUACGCGAAGGUGGAGGAUAACGUCGAAUCGUACGAAGGAGGCUCUAGACUGACAAAGAGGAGAUUGUAAAGGGCUCGUCCUUCGUACGAUCUCAUUCUGUUUCCAAAUUUUCUGCUAUCUCGCGAAACCGCGAUUCUUGCCCCGCUCUGAACAUUGCGAUGGCAGCGAUCCUUCAGUUUCAUCGUCAUUUUUCUUUGAGCCGGUAGCACAAAAACGCUUGGAAUCUCCACGUCGAAUUGCGUAGGGGAGUAAACAAGAUUUGUAGAGAAUCUCAAUUAUAUCCGUUGUAAAAAAGGACUUAGAAGAUGAAGAGGGAUGAUCGGUGAUUAUUCGAUGAGAAGCGUUGAACGAUUGUUACGAGGUGAAUAAUUUAAACGAUAUUUGCUUGUUGUCUUUUGCACGACUUACAUUGGUAACUGCGCGCAGAACUCUUUUCUCUUUACUCGUUGUACGAGCUGUCCACGUUCGAGUAACGCCCGUUUGAUAUUGGAAUGAAGUCGAUGCAAGGAAUUGUAAGAUGGUUUAAAGAAUGUUUUUCUCGUUACAUGAUGCGUGCACGAUCUGAACGACGAAGUCUGAACUCUUUUUUCCACUGUGAUGAUAAACGAAAAAAGAAAUUGAGUGUCGUUGCGCGAGUUCUCGAUCGUGGAACGAAGCACAAUCGUGAAACGAUCUUUAAUAACGUGUCCAUUAAAGGCCACUGAUAUUUCUCGAUCCUCUACGGAUCAUUUCUUCCCGUACAAAUUAAUCGAAGACAUUCCCCUAUUCAUUUCUUCGAAUGACUCGACUAUUAAAAAGUUAAAUAAUUAAACAAGUUGUCGUAUCGUUGGAGAAUGGGCCGUAGAGGAGAAACUUCGUAUAGAUGAGUGUGUCGAGUGCAUAUAUAUAUAUAUAUAUUUUAAUAAGAUUAAAUGUGGUUCGUAGCGAUAUUAUUAAGCGACGCAACAUUUGAAGGUGUUACAGAAGAAUUCUAUAGGAUCGUUCAGGUACACAAAAUAUAUUUUGAACCGUGUGCAUAGGUAUACACGCGCUCUUGAAUCAAUUCGUGACAUACAGAAUACGUAGUGGAAAAAAAAAAGAUUUAAAAAUAAAUUAAUAUCGGAUUAUGCCUACAUUAAUUAUUGUACGUGUAUUUAGAAAAUAUCUCGUUGUUCUUUUUGGCCGGCACUUGCGAGACUUUAGGAAAACGGAGAUCUUUGAUAUUAGCUGCUCGCCAAAGCCCGUGCCACGAUCUGCCAGAGAUAUUGUAUUAAACUCGCCCGGAAUCGUUGAGGACCGGACUGCUACAUCGUGCGACUCGCAAUAAAUGCGUUUAUACGUAUGCACACCCGCGCGAUGAUCUACACGCACACACGAUAAACGGAUAAACGUGAAAGAAAGAGAUGUUGUGAACGGAAGGGCCUCGUUAGCGUUCCCGAAGUAGAGGUAGGAGGAAGCGCAGAGAAAGUUUUAAGAGAUAAAAGCGGCAAUUGCGCGCGCGAGCGAGUGAACGACAUACUGUGUAUGUGUGUUUGUAUAUGUAUAUACAUAUAUAUAUAUAUAUAUAUAUAUAUAUAUAUAUAUAUCUAUAUCUAUAUUUUUACUGUGUAGAUAUUUUUUGGUAAACUUGUUACAAUAAUCCUAUUAGACCAGUGCAAAACGUAUUAUAUGCAUAUAUAUGUUGUAAAUAUAAAAGAAACGAUAGUCGAAGAGGAAGCUUCUGUCCGAGAUCGCGGUCUGGAUAAUUUAAUCGGGAAGAAACGAAUCAAAACAUUUCGUUGGACGAUUGAUUUAUAAGGGUUCUUCGGUGACUCGUGUUUUAUUUAUCUUAUUUUGCUCUAUUCUCGUCUCUCUCUCUCUUUCUGCGUCUUUACGCAAAAGAUACGAUGACAUUCUCUCAGCAAUUAAUCAACGACUGUGGCCGACGCACCUUUGAUUUUCGUUGUCAAUGAUCCGUGCGCCGUUGUUGUACAUAGAAAAGCGAAAAACACUGCAUAUAUAUAUAUAUACAUAUAUUAUUCGGUAAGUCUUCAAGAUUGUUUAAUGUGAAAAAAAAAGAGCCGGGGGGGUUGCUACGUCGAUGAACGUGAAUCCACCCCAGCGUGCAACAAUAAAGACGGAAACAACUUGUACUCGCCUUUACUUUAUAUGCUACUCUAUAUUUAUAAUAUUUAUUACGUUUUUUCAUAUGUUGAUGUAAUAAAGUUUAGGUAUAUACUUUGCAAUAGCCGCUUUUCUGCAUCUUAUCACCUACGAUCGGUUUAGCACACUUCGUCUCGUUUGCCUGUUUUCCGUGGAUAUCCGCGAAUCUUGAAUGAUCUCGUUGAGAUAGUCGUCGCAUUCGUUGCUGUUCUCUGUGCGCGUUGAAUCGGUGCCUUUCAACGUCUUCGUCGGGUAUUUAGAAUAUGAUUUGAAAGGUUUUUCGCGUUCUAUAUCAUGCGCUUAAAUAUUUUUCUAUGAUGUAUAGGAUUAUACGUGGUUUUAAGGCGUGCGCCAGGUAAGUCGGAUACACAUAAUUUCAUGGCAUAAGUACACACAAUAAUCUCGUUAUUGUAAUGUUAAGGAUGUUUAUAAUAAAAUGUAUCAAGACAAUAA